AUGGAGACCAAAACGUCGCCUCGUCUUGGCAAGUGGGUGGUCUGCCUGCUUGCCUUCAUGAUUCUCCACCAUGGCGCGUUCUCUACGUUUUCCGAAUCAAAGUCUCUCCAGGUCAUCAAGCGUCACCACAAUUUCUCAGAACUGGAAGUUUCUGAUGCAACUUCGGACUGGAAGAAUGGAGGAAACGAAAUCAGUUUUACGCAAACCUACCGCGAGGGGGAGAUAUGGUUUGGUCUGCUACACUUCGAGUACGUCAUCAACGCGUCGACUACGAUGUCUCUCGCCUUCAAAUCGAUGGCUCAGUACAUCUACACCGCGCCAUUCCUCACGUCACUCUUCUCGUCUAACGCCUGGCUGAAGUACUCGACACUCGAUUUUGUCGAUAAACAAGCCCUCGUCCGCAAACUUGCGAAAAUCGCAAAGGCUACUUCCGUCGUCUCUCAAGAGGCUACGGCAAACAGAGUGGCCGAGGUUUUCGCCGACUUGCUCCUGAAGAGAGUGACGACGCGCUUCUCACGGAGAUUUGGUGCGGGAAGAAGGCAAUAUCGUCAAAUGCGAGCGGAACUCAUCGAGCUUAUUCGAGGCACUACGGCCCCCACCGACGCUGCAGAAGUUGUUCUAGGCAACAACACCCAGACCAUGUUUACGUGGGUUGACUCUCUCAAGAAGAAUCCCUUCGCGACAGUGAAAAACGUCGUUGCCCACGCCUUUGAGAACGGCCUGAGAGGCUUCUCUGGGAUGCUGGAAUGGGAGGUGAACCAAGGGUGCUUCGCUGUCUCGCAGCAAGCGCGCAAUGUCUUGCCCUUCACGAACCUUUUUCCAGGUGGGAUUUUGGGGCGAAUUAUGCAAAAGAUGAUGCGGUCGUACGUCAUCUUUUUCCAUCCCGUCCUGGCAAACUUCAAGGGCCUCCUAUCUCUCUUCCUCGGCGUCCUCUGCAAGGUGCGGCUGCCGCAGCUGAUCAACGCGAUCUUUUCUGCGAUCUUCCGGGCCAAGCGUCGGGUAGGACGCUUCCUCAACAAGUUCAUUUCGAAGGUCAUCGGUCUGCGAAAAGACAUCACGGGGCAGUUGCUGCUCGAGGACAUGGUCAAGGGCUGGGGCGCCGUCAUGAUCACGUUGCUGUUCCAGCUGCAUGCCGUGAAUAUCGACUCGAUUACGCGCCGCGGAGAAAAUGUCGAGUCAGCUCUGCCAGCCGGUCCCGGCGUGUGGGCCCUGGCUGACGGUCUCUUCCUCGGUGUGAAGGACUUUGCUCAAGUUUUCAAGGACUACGUCCAGAGAUACCUGCAUUUGUCCAUCAGCAUCUACACGUACUGCAUGGAGGAAAGACCCGCAUACUUCUCGGAAGCCGAGCUCGCCGACUUCUACAACGGCGAAAAUCCUCAAGUACCUGCGCGUGAACGGCUGUUGAGAUGGUGUGAAAAAAACCGGGGCUACCUUGCUGAGCUGGAGCGAAACCACGUCGGGAUGACUGAGAACUUCGUGGCACACAUGGUCAAGACUCUGAAGAUGGACUUCAAGUACUUUGAGGGCUACUUGUCGAAUAUCAUGUCCAUGUUUUACGAGUACACAUUUUCGAUUCUUGAGAGCGAUAUCGUCAGCGCCAUUAACGCGAACCAGGGCCGUGUCUCUUAUCAAGUCGAACUCGAGGCAGUCUUGAGACGGCGCCAGCAGGCCACUCCUCCCCCCAGAGACGCAGAUAUGCCGCGCGCGAUGUUCCGUAAACCGUGGAUGAAGGUCGCCGUCCGCGAACUGGCGCACGGAUUCUUCCAUGCGGCUGCCGGUCUGUCGCUGCACUCUCUACUUGGAGGCCAGGACGCGGGCGACCAGGCUGUCAUUGAGAAGUCGUUCAACCGUCUCUUGGACGGCGCGAAGCUCAUUCGAUCCUCUCUGUCGACUAUCUUGGGCCGCUUCCUGAACAGCCAAGCUAUUAUUGUCCGCGCGCAGGAGCAGACUACUCGCAUGAGGAUGUUUGAAUUCAUCAACACCUGCCAGAAUCCCGACGAUCCCAACCACCGCGACGCGUGUGGCAUGAACGUAACGACCCACAUCGACGAGGUCAAGUUCGUCAGCAAGUCGUUGCUCUCGCUGAACAUCGGUAUCGUGACCGACUCGAGGGAUCUUCUCCUCUCUGAAUUUCUGCAGACCGACCAGACGAAAAAGAUUGUGGACCCAACAGUGGUGUUUGCACAAUGGGAAGCGUGGCUGCGACAGAAGGGAUACAGACCCGAUGGCAAGGGAAAGGAGUAUCUGUUGUACGCGGAACAGAUUGACGAAAGGGGCAAAUCCAUGGCAUUUUCUGACACAUUGAGCAAGACGAUGCAAGACAGACUACGCUUCACGAGGUUCGACCAAGAGGACGCAGCCAGUCUGCGACUGUUUGACGUCAACGGACGCUCUGUGAUUUUCACACCCAAAAACUCUCAGCAAAUGUUCGACCGUCUCAGACAAAUUCACCCGGACCCUCUCGAUGCUCCCGCAGUCUUCGAAGUCAUUGAGCUCAACGAGGGUGUUCUGCGUUUUAGCCAGAACCCUGGAAUUCCUUUCGAGGGCGCACUAAACUACGUUGACGAUCGCAAGGAGCUUCGCAGCAUCCAUCAAGAUCCGCUUGCCAUCAAGGAGCUCCUCGUGUCGCAGUUGAUGAGUAUCAAGUCCCGCCUCAGCGCUGAAAUGACGGCUACCUUGAUGAUGGUGCUUCACCGAUACACGCCAUCGUUCCACAGACACAGCUUCUCGACAUUCCUUCAGUACAUGACCCCGAAAAUGUUUUUCGAUGCUCUCUUGGCGUUGGCUGACUCGUAUGAGCAGCAAGCCGAAACCGGUGUGCAACUUGAGCGCCGACUGUACAGCUUCCCUGUGAGCUUCCAGACGUUCAAGGAGGUGGUGUUUAAUUCGAUGAACACCAUGGUGCUUCGUAUGCAUUCGCUGGAUACCGCCGAUACACUGUCGAUCUUCGUCGUCGGUCUCAUCCACUACGCGUACCAAAAGAUCCAGAAAAACAGGACGGGAAAGACACUCGUCAUGAAUCACUUUCAGAGGGGGUUGCUGCACAUCAUGCAGACCAUCCAGGCGGAUACCUUCCGCGAAAAGUUCCCUGAGUGUGGCUUCCUCCUAGAAGACAAUGCGGAGAUCGACGACGUUGUGGGGCUUAAGUGCGCGCUCUUCCGCUUCUUGAAGCUGCGUUCUCUGCGCCUGCCGGAGCGGGAUGUUGCCCCGGGCGAAGAAGUCUCGCAGAUGACGCUGCCUAUGGUCCGCGCGUACCUGAAUGGCGCAGUGGAGUACCUUGACAGACAGCGAACGACCCAGACUUCAUGGGCACAGUUCCUGAACUACAAAAGCUUGCACGAGACCUCGGAUCUCUACAAAGAAACCGCAGGCGCGUAUAACUACGAAGAGCUGGAGCGCCUCAUCAAGACAGAGCCAGUCGUUGAUAUGGAGGUGCUGACGCAGCUGAGAUCCAUGAUGGAUCCCUCUUUGGGUAGCAUCAUUCCGCCCCGAGGCACAGAAGGAACAGCCAACGUCCUCAGAAACAUCUUGGAUAACAUGAAGAACCUGUCGAGCGGCAUGCGCCACAAGCUUCGCAAGGCCAUGGGUCAGCUGAAGGGCCGCGUGCUCAGCAUUGCCGGGCAUUCAAGCGUUCCAAAGGCGCUCAGAUUCGUUAACGUCAUCAACGGGAACCACUUCUUCGGCGCGCUGGAGCAUGGAGAAUUCAGAGCAUUCCCCGACACACAGAUGCCGCCAGAAGACUUCCUCAAGGCCGCCGACUUGGCUGUCUACGGGAGGACACUUCUUGUCCUCGAGAGUGUGCCGCUGUACCUCGAGCAUCCCAAGCAGAUGAGCGAUAUCGUCUCUCAGAUGCGCGUAAUUCCAUUCGUUUCUCCGGAGUGUCAAGAGUUGUUCUCGGAAAUCGAGGCGAUGGUGAGGCAGAUGAGCCAUGAAGACGUGAGGGCUGCGGCGGGCUGGCUGCUUUCGUUCAACAUCGGCAAGGGCCUGACAGGCAGCACCGUCGCUCUCGCCCUUCUGGCGCUGGCCGGCGUCCCCUCCGCAAAUUCGCAAGUUAGCCACCAAGAGAAAGUCGGGAUUCUCAAGGUGAUGGACGCCGACACGCUUCGGUUUAUCAAGAAGAUCCUCGUGAUGCCCACGGUUUUCAGACAUAUGGCAGCAAUCCCGGAUGAGCAAGCGAAGGAGCUAUUCCGCUUCUCUCCCAAGGCGUCCUUGAUGGCGGUGUACCGUGCGGCCGUUAAAUAUUUGCCACUGCGAGAGUCUGUUACUGUGGUGGAUGCGAUCGCGAAUAUUAUUGAUUCAAGGAUCCCUCAACUGGUGCAAAUGCAACUGGGCCGCGUCGAAGAGCUGCCCGGCGAGACACUCCAGGAGGCGAUUUGCCGCACUUUGAUCGACGGGAUUAGGAACGAGCUGGGAGUUUCCUUGGAAGAGGCUCUAAAGUACUGGAGUCGCUCACAAAUUAUGCUGGAUAAGCGCCUUCCUGCGGCCUGCAUCCUUAUGAUUAAUCUCAAGGUCAUGCGCGAAAAGCGCCAGCACGAGACAACUGUGCGUGCCCUCAUUGACGCAAUGUAUUACAACGGCACACCCUUGAUGGAAUACCUGAACUUCAUUGCAAAUAAAGGCGCUAAUGAAUAUGAGCGCCACAAGCAGCUUGAACGCAUCGGCCCUGUCAUGUCGAUGCUGCACGUCGCAGCUGUCAGCGGCUCCCUGCAACUGGACGCAGCGUUCGUGGGAUACAACGGCGAGACUGAAAUCUUAACGUUCCACUCGCGUAGGACUACCCGUGUACCAGAGACUCCGAUCCUCAACGCCUGUCUCCAAGCCACAGCCAAGAUCAUGAACCCUAAAGAGCCGAAGCCCGAACUCUUUCAACUCAACCUGAGCAGCUACUUUUUCGCCGAAUGGCUCCGAUUCUUGGAGCCUAGCCGCCUCCAGGCAUACGCUGAAGCAUAUCGAACGGCGGGAGGAUUCCAAGACAUCAGCUACGACACCCUCAGAAAUCUUAGCUCGGUGUACUCUUACUAUGAUCUUGGAGACUACGCUUACUCUCUUCGACAGAGGUCUCUCUAUCCACCUGCGGAGAUAGUCAAGCAAGCAAGCUUUUCGCUGGCAUCGGGGGACAAAACUAUUGACGGCUACGGCAUGGCGAUGCUCAUGAACGAUUUGGCAGAACGGGUGAAGAAGGCGAAGAUAUCGUGCUACGAAGAAGCUCUCAACGACUACGCGGAGUACACACAGAAAAGCCGCAUGGCACAGGAAAUGACGAAGAUAGACUGUGUUCAUAGCCGCCUGAUGGACUUAGGCUCACUCGGUUUCUCUGCUGCAUCUCUCACUGCCGAGCAAACAACCAGAAUUAUCGACUCUCUAGACAAUGUCAUGGCGGCUAAAUGCGAAGAGAUGUACACCGCUCUUACUGGCUCGACAGUUGACGUCCAUAAGCUCAAGGAGCAGGCAUGGACAUAUCUGACGCUCCCCCACAUUUCCAUGAACAAUUCCUCACGCCUCAGGUCUGUUGCCACCAUGCUACAUGGUCUUGUUCUCGACAUUGUGGCGAAGCGUCCGUGGAACCAGGUUUCAGAUAGAAUUGCGGAGGAAAGGGCUCGGCAGGUUUGGGAACGCGUGGGCGACAUAUCCCACAGGACUCCGGUAUACUCGUCGCAGGAGCGUCCCUAUCUCUUCAACCCGUACGGCAUCGUCAUGGAUUUUCUCUUAUACGUCAAAACAAACAAGGUUCAGAAAUUUCGGCUGCCAAAAUUGUUGCUUCUGAAGCGGGCCAGAAUUUUGGUGAAGCUGCCGUUCAUGAAGAGGAUGACCCCCCCGGGUUUGGUAGACUACAAAGAGACGGCUGCAGACUUGAAGGACGCCUUCUUUGCGCCGUAA